AGCUUCGCAAUGCCCGAAAAUCUUAUUGACGUAAUAUUGCCAUGAAAAGCUAAAUGCGCCAUCCGUUUUGCAGCUGCAUUUUCGACUGAUUUUCGCCCUUUCGCAAUAUGAAAUCUCCAUAAUCUCGCAGGGAAGGCUCCUAUGGACCAAUACUCAUUUAAACAGCAAUGGCGAGCGAAACUGCCAAAUUGAUUAAUCUCAAAAACACAAAGAGAAGAACUGCCAUGUACAAGGACGUCAAGUACUUGGCAUUAGAGGACGAUGGCGACAGCGACGAGCAAGAAAUUGUAAUGACCUCCCGCAAACAGCCACAGGAGGAAAAUGUUUUUAUACGGACGAUUCAACCUAACGACACGCUUCAAUCCAUAGCUCUUCAGUAUUAUGUCCCAGUGGCUGAACUCAAAAGAUUAAAUAACAUAUUAAGGGAAAAUGAAAUUCACGCGAGAACCACCUUGAAAAUUCCUCGACGGCCCAUCACAAGCCUCGUGGAUCUGACAGAGAGCCCAACAAAGCCACCUGAACCCGAAUCUGAACUGGUCAAGCUGCGCAUUGGCUCUGGAUGCAAUCCAACCGAGUUUCUGGCCGCGAUGGACCGAGACCUGGCCAAAAUCCGAUCGUCCGUACCGCAAGUUGAGUCCUCCAACUCUCCAGCGGAGAUUAUGUUCAACGCGCCGCUGACCGCGAGCAGUUCAAACCUGAUGGGCUCAUGCAGCGGAUCUGACUGGGGACUUCGGUGGCAGCCUAUUUUGAUUCUGUCAUUGGUGUUCACCUUCUUGCUGCCUCUGUUCAUCUGGUACCACCAGUAUCACCUAUCGACUGAUGAGACGAUUGGCUCGUCUUGACAGUGCCUUACGCAAUGCUGUGCCCAAUUCUCAAUUCAACAAAUGUGAUAAACUUCUUUAACUCAGUAUCAAUUCUAGACCGGUGAUCUUGGACGUCACUAGAUUAAAAAUUUUCACUAUAUCUUGUAUUUGUAAUAAAUAUUGAAUGAAAAAUU